AUGGCUUCAGAAAUGCAUCAAUUAACACCAGCAGGACGUAUUAAAAAACCAUCUUAUUCUACAAUUGCUAAAUGGGUUAUGGACUCAUGGAAUGAUGUUGAUACUGUUUUAAUUUGCAAAUCAUUCAAAUGUUGUGGAAUAUCAGUAGCUAGAGAUGGAAAUGAAGUAGAAAUUAGUGAGUCAGAUAAUGAACUUGAAAGUGAUUUGCCAUUAGAAUAUUUAGAGUUUAAUGGAUAUGAUGAAGAAUUACCAAAUUAUGAAAAUAAUAUUGAAGUUGAAGCAAAAAACCUUUUACAAAUUUUAAACAUAAAUGAACUGGAAGUUCAGGAGUAUCUAAGCGAUAGGAAUAUAAUAGUGGAACAAGAAAAAGAAGUACUAAGCCAAUCAGAAGACCAACCUCAUCAAGUUAAACAGGAACUUUCAUCACCAUAUGCAUUAUACACAAGUCAAGAAAGAUCACCAACCGAAUUCUUAAAUAAUGUCAUUGGUAGACCCGUACUUGUUAAAUUGAAUUCGGGUGUUGAUUAUCGAGGAAUUCUGUCUUGUUUGGAUGGUUACAUGAAUAUUGCUCUUGAGCAAACUGAAGAAUGGGUUAAUGGUCAGCUUAAGAACAAAUAUGGUGAUGCUUUCAUUCGUGGAAACAAUGGUAUAAAAUCAAUUCUUUGA